AUGGUGACGCGUCUGUCGUCGAUUGCUUUGCUAUGCUGCGCCAAUAGCGGUGAAGAGGUUCAAGCGGUCCGCUCGCGCGCUGCCUGCCCGCUGGUCGCCAACGAACAAUGCCACACAAUCAAGGUGGUCGCCGGAUCGCUACAAAUGGUUGGUCUGUUUGUUGGCGAAGAAGCGCUUGCUCCCACUGCAGCCAGCGGCGAGCGGCGGCAACUGACUAUUGCAUUCGAUCGGUUGACUGUACAUUCACAAAUCAAAACAAUACGAUCGGACCAAGCGCAUUUGAAAAAUAGCCGUUUUGGUGGCGAAGUAUUUUUUCUAAAUCUCGAAGAUGGCAAUUUCGGUUGUCAAGUUAAUGAGUCUACAGAUUAUUUACAAAUAUUCGAAUUAUCGAAAUUAUGCGACGGCAGGCGAGAUUGUUUUCUCGGUGCCGAUGAGCUGAGAGAUGAGCUCAAAUGCACAAAUGACUGUGAUAAGGAUGGCACUCAGUGCACGAAUGGUGUUUGCUUGAAUGGCGUUUGCCAUUGUAACGACGGCUUUGGCGGUUGUAAUUGCGUUGAGCGAGAUGAAAACGAAUGCAAAUAUCGUCCAUGCGACGUGUUUGCGCACUGCAUCAACACGCUUGGCAGCUUCACGUGUACCUGCUUUCCCGGCUAUCACGGCAAUGGGCUUCACUGCGAAGAUAUCGACGAAUGCCAAGAUCCUACGAUAAGAGCGCGCUGUGUCGCGAAUGCCGAGUGCUGUAAUCUGCCAGCGCAUUAUCUCUGCAAAUGUAGAGAUGGCUAUGAGGGCGAUGGUGAAGUGCUGUGCACAGACCUCGACGAGUGCCAAAGUCCCACUGCCUGCGGUACGGGUGCCCAGUGCAUCAAUACACCCGGCAACUACACCUGCGCGUGUCCCGAGGGCUAUCACGGCGACCCCUACUACAGCUGUACGGACAUCGAUGAGUGCAUACAUCCGAAUGUUUGCGGACCGGGCGCAAUCUGUACGAACCUCGAGGGCGGUUAUCGCUGCGACUGCCCAGAGGGUUACGACGGAGAUGCGCGCUCCGCCAGCGGCUGUGCGGACUAUGAUGAGUGCGGGCGUUCGCCAUGCGGCCGCAAUGCGCAAUGCUUGAACACAGAUGGUAGUUUCAAAUGUAUUUGCCCAGAUGGCUAUGCGGGUGAUCCAAGUCAAGGAUGUGAAGACGUCAACGAAUGUUCCACUAACAAUCCAUGCGGUUUGGGUGCUGAAUGCGUGAAUAUUGGCGGUAGUUUUGCGUGCAAUUGUCCGCCUGGCUAUACGCUCGAGUUUGAGCGGGAAUAUAGUCUGGGUGGCGGCGGAAUUUAUGGCGGCGGCAAUGGCACGUCGCUGAGGGUGACCGGUGCCGGUCUGGCCUGUGUCGACAUAGACGAAUGUAAUAUGGAUAAUGGAGUGGCCAAGUGUGGCACGAACGCUAAAUGCAUUAACUUUCCGGGCUCAUAUCGUUGCUUAUGCCCGAGCGGCUUUCAGGGACAGGGCUACUUGCAUUGUGAAAAUAUCGACGAAUGCCAAGAUACUACGAUAAGAGCGCGUUGUGUCGCGAAUGCCGAGUGCUGUAAUCUGCCAGCGCAUUAUCUCUGCAAAUGUAAAGAUGGCUAUGAGGGUGAUGGUGAAGUGCUGUGCACAGACCUCGACGAGUGCCAAAGUCCCACUGCCUGCGGUACGGGUGCCCAGUGCAUCAAUACACCCGGCAACUACACCUGCGCGUGUCCCGAGGGCUAUCACGGCGACCCCUACUACAGCUGUACGGACAUCGAUGAGUGCAUACAUCCGAAUGUUUGCGGACCGGGCGCAAUCUGUACGAACCUCGAGGGCGGUUAUCGCUGCGACUGCCCAGAGGGUUACGACGGAGAUGCACGCUCCGCCAGCGGCUGUGCGGACUAUGAUGAGUGCGGGCGUUCGCCAUGCGGCCGCAAUGCGCAAUGCUUGAAUACAGAUGGUAGUUUCAAAUGUAUUUGCCCAGAUGGCUAUGCGGGUGAUCCAAGUCAAGGAUGUGAAGAUGUCAACGAAUGUUCCACUAACAAUCCAUGCGGUUUGGGUGCUGAAUGCGUGAAUAUUGGCGGUAGUUUUGCGUGCAAUUGUCCGCCUGGCUAUACGCUCGAGUUUGGGAGGGAAUAUAGUCUGGGUGGCGGCGGCAAUUGCACGUCGCUGAGGGUGACCGGUGCCGGUCUGGCCUGUGUCGACGUAGACGAAUGUAAUAUGGAUAAUGGAGUGGCUAAGUGUGGCACGAACGCUAAAUGCAUUAACUUUCCGGGCUCAUAUCGUUGCUUAUGCCCGAGCGGCUUUCAGGGACAGGGCUACUUGCAUUGUGAAAGUUAG